AUGUCAGAGCUCAACCCAAGCCGAGUGACGGAAGUGGGAAUGGUUUGGAAAAGAAGAAAACUGCUCAGRAGGAAUCUUGAGCUGAAGUUUGUCUUGUGCGGACUAGCAAGACAGCGCCUGGGCUGCGCGGGGCUGGCGGGCGCGCUGAGCCUCAGCCUGACGGCGCCGCUGGAGCUGCUCACGGUGCUGGCGCAGGUGGGCACGUGGCAGUGCGCGCGCGGGCUGCGCGGCGCCGCGCGCCGCCUCUGCCGCGCCGAGGGRCUGCGCGCCCUCUGGAAGGGGAACCUCACCGCCUGCCUGCGCCUCUGCCCCUACAGCGCGCUGCAGCUCGCCGCCUCCCGCCGACUUGUUAUUCUCUUCACGGAUGAUUUGGGGCAUGUUUCCCACUGGAGAGCCAUCACAGCAGGAAGUCUGGCUGGCAUGGUUGCAACCAUAGUGACUCACCCUACUGAUGUAAUUAAGACACGGCUCAUUGUGCAGAACCGACUGGAACCGUCUUACAGAGGAAUUCUUCAUGCUUUUCGCAAAAUUAAGCAUCAAGAAGGAUUUUUUGCACUGUAUCGUGGUGUUUCCCCAGCUAUAUUAGGUGCUAUCCCAUUUUCUGCUGGCUCAUUCUUUGUUUACAUCAACCUGGACAGAAUCUGGCAAGAACCCAUAAUUCGUUUCACUCCUCUUCAAAACUUUAUAAAUGGCUGUGUAGCAGCUGCUGUGGCACAGACACUUUCCUUCCCCUUUGAGACUGUAAAGAGGAAGAUGCAGGCGCAGAGUCCUUGGCUUCCCCACUACGGAGCGGUUGAUGUCCAUUUCACUGGCAUGACUGACUGUUUCCGUCAAACCGUGAAGAACAAAGGUGUGCUCGGACUUUGGAGCGGGCUCACGCCCAGUCUGCUCAAGAUCGUGCCAUACUUUGGUGUGAUGUUUAGCACCUUUGAAUUUUGCAAGCGGGUCUGCCUGUACAGAAAUGGCUAUAUUGAAUCUCCUUUAAGUUACAAACUGACUCCUGGAGUGGAUCAGAGUUUACAGCCACAAGAACUGAGGGAAUUAAAGCUCCUCCGCAGAGAAAGCUUUCAGCGAAGGAAAUCAGCUUUUGAAAACUGAGGUCAGAAGGUCUAGUGCAGAUAUGGUUGCCUUUCUUCGUCAGCUCUGCAAGAAAGACCUGCUGAACGGCAGGUACCAGCAUCCCAGACUAUAUGGUUUUGGUAUGGAAACACUAGUAUAAAUCUUGCAUCUCAUUUGCUAAAUGGAUACGAGCAAUGUGAGUAUCAAACGUACUUUGAAGAGGAGGAAGGCAACUAGUUUGAAAACCUUAUGCUAGUGGAAAUUAGCUUAAUUUAGGUACUUUUCAAUGCUAGAUAGUCUUUUUAAGAUAAAACCACUUGCAAAUAAGAGAACUGAGAUGAAGGUACAAGUUAUUCAAAAUGUUAGAAUAUCUUUGAAUAUCUUCAAAAUGUUAGAAAAAAAUCAGAUACCUUUUCUGAAGUUGUCUGAGAUAUGAUGUCAGCAGAAAAUUGUAAACAGACUGGAAGUCAUCCAGUGUGCGAGCAUUUCUGCUGAAUCUCUCUGUGGUACCGUGUGGACAGGGCCUUCUGCACAUGCCCCUGGUCAUUCACAUUGAGAAAUCUCAUUUUCCAUUUUUGAGGCUUASUUCAGAAUAAUAAUUUAGUGCAAGUCUUUAACAUAACUAUUUAAAAUAUGCUGCUGCACUUGUGCUUUUGCUAGAAGAGAACUGUAGUAUAAGUGAACUCUGAAACACUGGAAUGACAAUCUGAAAACUUAAGCACUUAAUAGAAAAAAAUUCCCCCUUUCUCCUGCACCGUUGCUGCAUAGAGGUGGAUUACUUCAGAUCCAGAAAAAUGCUUUUCCUGAAAUCCUCCAGGAGAGAUAUUUCCUGAAAAAUGCACUUCUUAAACGUGUUAGCUGUGUGCCAAGACUUUGUGAUGUUUUUUCAGUAUUUGCUCUCAAAGCUCUAUUUUUAUAUGAAGCCGCUCCCUGGCUCUUGGGCGCAGCCGGGCUCUCCCACCCGAAGCACUGCGAUGUGGGAGCCACRGCACCUCUGUGGAUGCAAAAUCCCUCCGGCACCACUAGCUCUUUGCCAGAGCAUAUGCAAUGCAGAGGCCUYGGGACAGUCUAGGGAGCUUCACACAACAAAAAUUAGAUCCUCUUGGUGGGAGAUGUAGAGAAAUAAGACAGUGAUGGCAAAAAGCAGGACAUUAGAGACGACCUUGUGCAUCUGUCCGGGCUGUGAGUACUGCCGCCUCCCUCGCCACGGCGCUGCCUCGCUUCUGUCUGCACGAUGCAGGCGACGAUGCUGAGAUCUGUCUGGCUCCGUGAAUAAGGAAAUGAGACUUAUUUGGGAUGCAAGAAAAAUGUGACUUGGGUCGCUACUGGAAUGAGUCGGGAGGAACCGAUCUCUUGCAGGGUGCCCUUGCUUGACCCGGGCACCCUCAUGUGUGUUACUAAUGGUGAAUUUCUGUACGGGUUUGUGGCACUGUGAGCACUACCUGAUCA